AUGAACUUGCUGAAUCGUGCCGCAAUUGUUGAUCCCCAAAUGCAACUAGAAAAUCGCCAAUCGCAACCAGCAAUCAAGAUCUGGAUAGCAAGCGGGCAGACUGGCUGGCACAGAGUGCAAGUCUUGCUUGACUUCGCCGACUUUCCGCGCGUGUCGAUAAUUCCUGGUAAUCCCGGCCAAGACACCGCCUUUGGGUCGCCGUCCUUUGAAAGCAUUCCCGGUUCUAGACGAACAGACGCUAUAAUAUCCCAACAUGCUCGCUCACCAAUCCUGCUUCUUGAUAGCAUGAAACAACCUACAGCCAAAGACAUUCAGACGCCGUAUCCAUGCCGAUCAGCGCUGAAUGCCGCAUAUUCGUGCUCCAGCCUUACAGUCAGAACAUGGGUCGGAUUUUGGAGUCGAGCUCAUACGAAACCCAACAGGCUUCCCGAUCUACUCUUCGUCCUCAUCCCACCUCAGCUGCAGGGCUCACUAGCUCUCCUUUUUAUCAGAUUCCUUCUUGAUUUCAUGUGCUCCUGCUGGGGCAUGUCGCUGGUGCUCCUGCUGGUGUAUCUUGGUCUGCUGACUGAUGAUUUUUCAAUUCUCAACAGGCGGCGAGCUGGAGCUCAAAAGCGAGAGGUAAUUUUUUUUCCCGGGCAUCAGAAUGGCCAUCGCAGGAUGGGCCAAGUCCGCGAGCCGGUAAUCUGGGCUGACUGCUUUUUGUCCGAUGCUUCGUGCCAGUGUGAUCUGGAACGUGCUGGCCCUGAAGCUACAAUGCAUGAUGGCGUGAUGAACACUAUGUUCCCGCAUGAAUUCAUUCAUCACACGGCCUGGCCUCCAUAUCCCAAGAAGAGCUCCAUAGAAGUCAUCGGCCUCGUUCGACCGGUCUCAUUGGAAGAAUCUCUUGACGUAGGCGGAGAAUGGAGAGGAGGCGUGGAGGGUGGCGGAGACGACAUUAGCAUGUCGCGGGCGGAGGUGAAAUGGCAAACUUCUCGCCCUGGCGCGGGUUUGAACAACACAUACCGAGCAGAAGAUAGGUUGCGGUUGAAGCGAAGGCCGCAGAUAGAAGUGGUUGCAGAAUUUGUACUUGCCGACCGAGCCCACAAUUCGAGAUUUAGGCUCCACAUGAUUGCGGCUGUCCACGAGCAUGAUCCUGUUGAUUGUGUUGAUGAUCAAGUCGAUGCUGAGAUGAAUCUCUUGAGCGCUGAAGGCCACUGGAAGCUAGCAGGCCGAAAUGAUCACCGGCGAAAUGCAUUCAGCGGCAGGAAGGGUCUGAUUGACAGCUUCAGUGGAAAAGUCCAGGAACAAGAUGAUAUAUCAGUGUCUGGGCCUCCGAAGCCGCAUCAGGAGCAAGCAUACCAGCCAUGGCUACAUCUCAUCAAGCGCGUGAGUCGGACGCAUCCAAAAUCCCGAUCCGGACCAGAAAAGCCUCUCUAUGUGUUCCGCCACGACUCCAGCACUGGAAAGCUCGAUAUCGCAGGCCGUACAUCGUCGCUACCCAUCGUGUUCCGUUUCCUGGUGCUUUGGAACUGGGAUAUGGCCUCUGCUUUGAGCAUGGCGCGCUCUCUGCAAGAAAGCCCGCAUCAAGAUGUGAAAAUGGCAGCAGCAAGGAGUUAUAUACCAUUCAUCAAGGCUGAGAGUCUUGACGUUGUCCAUGCACGUGUAUGUGCCUCUUGCAUGCAUUCCACCUCUUUCUGUGUAUCCUCCCUGUGUGAAGAUCCUCAUACCUAUGCCAAUGCCCGAGGGAACAUGACAACUAUUAUCGCCAUCCUGCUUCAAGGGGCUAGGGAGUACAUCGUUUGCUCUGCUUUUCUCCAGCUGAAGCUGCCAUUCCAGCAUAAGCUGCUAUUCCAGCAUCGCAUCGCUGGCAUCAAUCCCCUAUGGUCUGAAAAUUGGUUCCCGGUUGGAAAUUGUCUUUCGCGUUCCGCAAAAUGCCCGAUAUCCAUAUGCUGGACGAAGUCGCUAAUGCACGGAAGCAGAGUUGGCCAUCUACGUAGUGGGCGUGGUGCCAUCGACGACGGGCUUAAGGCAAGUGAGAAUCAUCCUCAAACUGUUGUCAUGUUUGCUGGUAUUGAUGCGAGAGCCCCAGCUUCUGUAGUGUUAUCUAUUUAA